GUACCAACUGUUUUUCAUGAACCUUACAUAAUCAGAGGAUAUCGAAGAACAGGGAUGGCAUGGUUUUACUACCUCAUGAGUAUUUUUCAACUGCACAAUGAAACCAUGAAUAUCUGGUCACACAUUUUAGGAAUAAUACUCAUUUUAAAAAGCUGGUAUAACCUCAGUUACGAAUUUGAUUUUAUAAAUGAUUCUUAUUCUUGGCCACUAUUGGUUGGCCUAAUUUCUUCCUUUCUGCUAUUUUUUUUCAGUUCGUUUGCUCAUUGUUUUCAGUCUAAGUCAGAAUUAAUCCAUCAUAUUGUUUUCAUGUUUGACUAUGUUGGUGUUGGUUUGUAUUCCUUAAGCAGUGCUGUGAUGUUCUUAGAAUUUACAAGUACAAAUCAAUAUUUUUAUUUGAUGAUUCCAAUAUUUAAUUACCUCUCCACAUUCCUAGCCACAAUGGUCUGCAUUGGGUGUUGUAUGUCCAAAUCCAUUUAUCAAAAACCUUAUCCAUUUGCUAGAAAACUCUGGCAAAUUCUACCAAUUGCAGGGAUUUAUAUAUUGAUAAUUGCACCAGUUGUUAAUCGUCUUGUCAUUUGCUAUCUCAAUAGGAAAUGUUUACAGUCAUUAUCUACUCACAUCGAGCACAUUUUGUGGUUCCUUGCGAGUGGUUUUUUCUUUUCUAGCAACAUUCCAGAAUGCUGGUCCCAUCUUGGAGCUUGUGAUCAUUUUUUUGCAAGUCAUCAAAUGUUCCACCUCUCCAUCAUGUGCUCCAUUCUCAAACAGUUUGAAUCUGUCACCAUGGACUUUAAA